AUGAAGUCCCUCUUGAUCCUUGGUCUUGCUACUCUGUCCCUGUGCACUCCCACUCCAUCAAACUCAAGCCCAGUUGAUCCCAAAGACCAGGAGAUUGGAAAACGAGCAGGAGCUGGAUCACUCACCACUGGCUACUGGUCCUGCACCAUACCCAACGGUGCAGUUUACACCAGGGGGCAGGACGUGCUGAACGAGUGCGGCUCCGGUUUCAAGAAGCAGUAUUUUGUCAUUAACCCCCGCGACAAUCUUCUCUCUUGCUUCACGCAUGAUUCCGUCGAGAACGUCCUGAACGUGUGCGGGUCCACCGGGUUCGUCAAGCGGUACAGGCUGCGGAAGCCGGCUGACAAGAUCGAGGCAUGCUCGGUCCCGAGCGACUUUGUCUUCUCCUCGGUGCGGUCCACGCUCAAUGUGUGCAGCACCAACGGCUUCGCGCCCAUAUACACGCUGCGGAAGCCGGCUGACAAGAUCGAGGCGUGCUCGGUCCCGAGCGGGUUCACCUUCAGCUCGACGAGAAAGACGCUGAAUGUCUGCAACUCGAACGGGUUCGCCACCAUCUACUAUUUGCGGACGCCGAGUGUCGGCCUGAAGGCGUGCAGUGUCCCACGGGGAUGGGGAUCCAGCUCGAGUGAGAGGGUGUUGGGUGUUUGUAGUCCAACGGAAUUCGCGACGCAAUACACCUUGAAGAAACUGUAG